AUGCAGGACGGCAGGGCUCCCAGAAUAAAGAACAGGGCUGCGGCAGCCGUUCAGAUCACUGCCGAGCAAAUCCUUCGCGAGGCUCAAGAGCGUCAAGAGACACAAUUUCGUGCUCCAAAACAGCGCGUCGAAGACUUUGAGGAGCUUCACGAGUAUCGCGGCCGGAAACGAAAAGAGUUCGAGGAGCGCAUCAGGCGAACGAGGGGGAGCGUCAAGGAAUGGCUGCAAUAUGCCAACUGGGAAGCCCAGCAGAAUGAAUUUCCACGCUCGCGCUCCGUCUUUGAGCGUGCUCUGGACGUCGACGCCCGAAGCGUUCAGCUAUGGCUCGCGUACUCCGAGAUGGAACUCAAGUCGCGGAACGUCCAACAUGCGCGCAACCUCUUCGAUCGAGCCGUGACGCUCCUCCCACGCAUCGACCAAAUCUGGUACAAGUAUGUGUAUCUCGAGGAGCUGCUUCAGAACGUUGCUGGGGCGCGGCAAGUGUUCGAGCGGUGGAUGGCGUGGGAGCCGGAUGACAAGGCAUGGCAAGCUUACAUCAAGCUGGAGGUGCGGUACGAGGAAUGGGAUCGAGCGAGUGCGAUCCAUGAGCGGUGGGUGUCGGUGAGGCCGGAACCGCGGGUGUGGGUGAAAUGGGGCAAAUUCGAGGAGGAGAGAGGCAAAGUGGACAAGGCGCGAGAGGUGUUCCAGACUGCACUUGAGUUUUUUGGAGAUGAAGAGGAACAGGUGGAUAAGGCGCAGGCAGUGUUCAGCGCGUUCGCCAAAAUGGAGGUUCGUUUGAAGGAAUUUGAGCGUGCACGGGUGAUUUACAAGUUUGCCCUCUCUCGUCUGCCUCGAUCAAAAUCUGCCAACCUCUAUGCUGCAUACACGCGAUUCGAGAAACAACAUGGUACACGAACAUCGCUUGAAACCACUGUCCUGGGCAAGCGGCGCAUCCAGUAUGAGGAGGAGUUAUCGCAUGACGGCCGGAACUAUGAUGUUUGGUUCGACUUUGCCCGGCUGGAAGAAGGCGCCUAUAAACAGCUGCGAGAGGAAGGGUCGACGACUGAGGAAGAAGAAGAGUCUAUAAGCCGAGUACGAGAGGUGUACGAGCGUGCGGUUGCACAGGUCCCUCCAGGGGGCCAAAAACGACAUUGGAGGCGUUAUAUAUUCUUGUGGCUGUAUUAUGCUUUAUUCGAGGAGAUGGAGACCAAGGACUAUGCACGAGCACGACAAAUUUAUCAAACAGCUAUUCAACUCGUGCCUCACAAGGAGUUCACUUUUGCGAAAUUAUGGCUGAUGUAUGCAAAAUUCGAGGUGCGGAGACUGGACCUUCCAGCUGCGCGAAAGAUUCUCGGAACGGCGAUUGGCAUGUGCCCGAAGGAAGCCCUCUUCAAGGGCUAUAUCCAACUCGAGUUCGACCUCCGUGAAUUCGACCGCGCACGAACGUUGUACGAGAAAUACCUCGAGUUCGAUCCCACCAACUCCCCCGCUUGGAUCAAAUAUGCCGAGCUGGAGACGCAGCUCGCGGACUACUCCCGCGCGCGGGGCAUCUUCGAGCUCGGGGUGUCCCAGACGCCUCUUUCGAUGCCGGAGCUCCUCUGGAAAGCAUACAUCGACUUCGAGGUCGAGGAAGGCGAGCGGAAGAACGCGCGCGCGCUCUACGAGCGUCUUGUGCAGACCAGCGGCCACUGGAAAGUGUGGGUCGCCUAUGCGCUUUUUGAGGCGCAGGAUAUCCAGCUGCCACGAGACGAGCGGGAGGAAGAGGAGGAGGAAGAGGAGGGCGACGAAGAGAAAGAGGUCAAAAUGGUGGAGGGCGACCUGGAGCUCGCACGGAAGGUGUUCGAUCGUGGGUACAAGGACCUCAAGACCAAGGAGCUUAAGACCGAGCGAGUGGCUCUCCUCCAGGUCUGGAAGAACUUCGAGGAGAAGCGCGGUACGUCGGAGGAUGUCGCGCGCGUGCAGGGCAUGAUGCCCAUCCAAGGCAAGCGGCGCUACGUCGACGAGGAGACAGGCCAGCUUGUCGAAGAUUACGAUUACAUCUUCGCCGACGACGAGCGCGAGGCCAACCCAACCUCCUUCAAGUUCCUCCAGAAUGCCCACGCCUGGAAGGCCGCGCGCGCUUCUGGUGCAACUACGCUGUCCGGCUUCACCGCCGCAUCAUCGGCUUCGAAACCCAGCGAGGUCAAACCUGCACCUGUCGCGGAGAGCAAGAAGGACGACGCGAUGGACGAGGACGUCAGCGACGUCGCUAGUUCUCACGGUGGCGACGAGCCAGUGUAGCAUAACUUUCACUGCUUCAUUUUUUUUAUUUCUUUCGAACUGCAGAAUCCGAUGCUCGUUUCACGCUG